AAGUGAGAGAUUCAAUUCAAACAAUCCACACGACCAUCUCCGUCACCCCAAUUUUAGAAGAAUUUAAUCUCACCCAAAAAUGGCUUCCGCUUGUGCUUCUUCCGCUUGUGCUUCUUCCGCCAUUGCCGCUGUGGCAAUUUCUUCAUCCAGUUCCCAGAAGAAUGGGUGCCCCAAGGCUUCUAAUUUCCUUACCGGCAAGAAGCUGAGGCUGAGAAACUUAACUGCCGCCACUGCCGUUGCUCCUCGAUCAGUUCCGGUAUGCGCUGCAGCCGACCCCGACAGACCUCUCUGGUUCCCUGGUAGCACCCCUCCUCCAUGGCUCGAUGGCAGUCUCCCCGGCGACUUUGGCUUUGACCCUCUUGGUCUCGCGUCUGAUCCGGAGAGCUUGAGAUGGAACCAGCAAGCGGAGCUAGUGCAUUGCCGAUGGGCAAUGUUGGGGGCAGCCGGAAUCUUCAUCCCGGAAUUCUUAACAAAGAUCGGAAUAUUGAACACUCCGUCGUGGUACUCCGCCGGUGAAUUGGAAUACUUCACCGACACCACCACUCUGUUCAUAGUGGAACUGAUUUUCAUCGGUUGGGCCGAGGGUAGACGGUGGGCCGACAUUCUAAAACCCGGCUGCGUCAACACCGACCCGAUUUUCCCAAACAACAAGCUGACCGGAACCGAUGUCGGGUACCCGGGCGGGCUUUGGUUCGACCCGCUCGGAUGGGGCAGUGGGUCACCGGAAAAGAUAAAGGAAUUGAGAACGAAAGAGAUAAAGAACGGACGAUUGGCUAUGUUGGCAGUGAUGGGAGCUUGGUUCCAACACAUUUACACUGGCACCGGUCCCAUUGACAACCUUUUCGCUCACCUUGCUGAUCCCGGGCACGCCACCGUCUUCGCCGCUUUCACACCCAAGUGAAGAAAUCGAGGAGCAUAUAGGAGAUUUAGCGCUGUGUUUGUGACUGAGGAAAAUUUAUGUAUUAAAUCUCUGUGUUUAUGUCAUCUGUGUAUGAUGGACAUCUUUAUCAAUUUAAUGUACAAAAUGAGAUCACAAAUUAAGCAAAUUUAGACCCACUUUGACUUCUAUGAA